AUGGAGUCGAAAGCCCAACAUGAGCGCUCCGUGUCGUAUUUGGUUCGACUUCUUGUGAACGCUUUGAACAACAACCCAACUGUGAAUGAGAACGAUCACUGGUUGACUAUGCUGUAUGAAGUGCUUCGAGAACGAAAUAUCGCAGCCGACACUGUUCCUGAACCACCGGUCAUAAAAAUGCCGAAACCUGAUUUGGCUUCUAAUGAACUCAUGGGAUGCAAGAAGUGUGAGUACUUGAAGGACAUCAAUGCUCGUGAAGUACUUAUUCGUGCCGAGAUGGAGUCUUACCUCAAAGACAAUCUUCAACUUCAAGCCCGUGUGCGGGACUUGGAAUCCGAGCUUGCAAUCGCGGUUUCUCCGGUGUGUAUAGGAAAGCCCCAACUCGAGUUGGAUAGUGCUCAGACAUUGGGUGUAUCUCCACCAGAGAAGAAAAACAACGCUCAAUCGACGGCGGUGUCUUCCGGUCCAUCUGAGCCACUUGUAAUGGAUAGACUCCAGGAUACGGUAUGUUCCUUAAUUCUUUGA